AAUUUAGCAAGCUUCCAGGGUUGUGAAUGGUUAUGAUCUAGCCUUCUGUCUGGGAAAUGAAAAUCUGUAUUCUUUGUUUAGGAAAUCUAAAGGAGAACCGUGCUUAUGAAGAGAUGACGUGUAAUGUCCCACAGAACUCAGAAGCUUGUGCCUCUGCCCACACUGACAGUGUCCAGGAAUGGGCACAGGAACAUGACCGACAGGGAACUUUUGUUGGAUUUCCACAGGACUGUCCUGUUUCGGUGUUAGCUCUAGCACAAGCUGGCUUUGUUUAUACUGGAGAAGGUGACAAAGUGAAGUGCUUCAGUUGCCAUACAACUAUUGAAGGAUGGCUGCCUGGGGAUUCUGCAGCUGAGAGGCACAAAGAGCUUGCCCCCAAAUGCAAGUUUAUUACUGAAUCUGCUUUUCUGGAAACUAACAUGGAUCCUGUUGCCCAGAACUCCCAGAGCAGAACUGAAAAUGGUUCCUGCAAUUCAGCCCUCCCGUGUUCUCUGGAUGACCCUCAUGUGGAGGCAGAUUACCUUUUGAGAACUAGGCAGGUUGUGGAUAUGUCAGAUAGUUUGUAUCCUAAAAACCCUGCUAUGUGCAGUGAAGAAACAAGGUUAAAGUCUUUCCACAACUGGCCGCUCAGUGGCCAGUUAACUCCACAGGAAUUAGCUAAUGCUGGAUUUUAUUAUACAGGUGUUGGUGACCAGGUGGCAUGUUUUUGUUGUGGUGGAAAAUUGAAGAACUGGGAACCCACUGACAGAGCUUGGUCAGAACACAGGAGGCAUUUUCCCAAAUGCCUUUUUGUCUUGGGCCGGGAUGUUGGAAAUAUUUCAAGUGAAUCUAUUCCUGCUGAGCAUGGCAUAAGUGGUCUGAACAAUGCACAGCACCCAAGGAAUCCCUCUAUGGCAAAAUAUGGAAAACGCUUACAAACAUUUUUAUCUUGGAUAUAUCCUGUUGACAAGGAGCAACUUGCAGAAGCUGGAUUCUACAGCAUAGGUAAUGGUGAUCAUGUUGUGUGUUUCCACUGUGGUGGAGGAUUGCAAGAAUGGAAGGAAAAUGAAGACCCUUGGGAUCAACAUGCCAAAUGGUUUCCUGGGUGCAGAUUUGUGAGCAAGGAAAAGGGGAUAGAAUUUAUAAAUAAUGUUCACUUAAGAGAUGGAUGUAGAGAUUCAACAACAGAAGCUGCUGAAGGGAUAAUACUUCCUAAAGAUGAUCUCUUACAGAAUCCUUUGGUACAAAGUGCCAUAGCCAUGGGUUUCAGUUUGUCUGAGAUUAGGAACACCAUGGAAAAGAGAUUGCAGAUGACUGGAGAAAGUCACACAUCUGUUGAGGAUCUGGUAGCAGACUUAAGUGCUCAUAAAGAAAAUACAAGGGAAGAAGAACCAAAUGAAAUCCCAGUUGAGCAAGAUGAGCUUAUUCAGUUACAAAACCUCUACCUCAGUACUGAAGAGAAGUUAAGACGUUUGCAGGAAGAAAAGCUCUGUAAAAUCUGUAUGGCUAAGGACGUGUCAGUUGUCUUCAUUCCCUGUGGUCACCUAGUUGCCUGUAAGGAAUGUGCUCAAUUACUUAAUGAAUGCCCUCUAUGUCGUACGGAUAUUAUGAAAAUACAGGAAAUUUUUAUGUAUUAAUGAAGUACACAGCAUUAUGGCCACAAAUGUUUCCUGUUUUAUUACUUUAAAAAUGUGUAAUGUAAUGUAAAAAAUGUAGUUAAUUCCAGAAUGUAACCAUAUGGCAGGAUUUAGAUUUUUCUGCUGUUAAACUCUACACAUUUUAACACUUUACAAAUUAUUUUCCUUAGAUGAAAUUUUUUGUAUGUAUAAUGCAAUAUGUAUGAAAGGCAAAUAUGUAUAUUUUGUAGCUUCAAUUCAUAGACCUGUUAUGAGAAAUCCCAAGUAAUGUUAGCCUUUAUUUAUGUGAUCAUUCCUUUGCUUCACUUUGGUAGGACUCUGCAUGACUGAAGUUUGUGCAAACAGAGUUGUACAAAGAGCCUGUCCCUAUAUAAAAUUCUUAAAUAAGUUAAUUCAAAAUAUAAUUGUACACAUGUAUAUUAUAUCUGAGCUUUUUUUUUCUAGCUUUUUAAAAAUAUUAUGUAGGAUUGAAAAUAGUCUCUUUUUUUCUGUAACUUUGGUUGUGACACAGUUCAGACAACACACAUAAACCUGCUGCUGUAACCUUAUGGUUACUUCUGCUACUUUAUAGGUUUGUCUGUUGUAAUUUAAUUCCUGUCUCCCCAUCUAUUUUUCUGGUUCAGAUAUAUAAAUUGUCUUCAGUAAACUGGUUUUACUCAUCUGUUUUUCACAAAGAUCCAUCUUUAUAUAAAAUGUACAUGAAUUUUAUUGAUUAAAAGAUAACUCAAGAGAAAUGAAGGACAUGUACCCUGUGCCCUUUAUGAGAGGAGGCUCAUUUUAAAUUUGGCCCCUACACAUAAAGAUGGUCAGUUUGACAUUUUUCUUCUUUGUUUUUUUUUAAACAUCAUUAUCAGUAUCAUCCUAACUGAUUUAUCUGCUAACACUUUGCACUGCUUCAUAUCAUAUAUUUUCAUCUAUUUUUAUCUCCUAGAAAAUGCUUUUUUAAAAUUCACUGGCAAUGAAUUAGAAAUUUUUCAAUUUUGUUCAUGUCAGUUUGCAGCACUUAAAUUAAAAACUUAAGAACUAUUCUAAUGAAUGCCACCUUAAAAUACUUAAACUAUAUUUUGCUGGACUGAUCCUUAAUUUCUGAUUUUUAAGGUAUCACAGCUUUGUAUUUAGGUACAGCUGUUUUACAAUCACUGCUUAAUUAUGUGACUUCCUUAUUUUGUGGAGCUGCUGAUAUGUUCUGUGUAUAUAUUUUUGAGUUCUACACACUAAGGUUUAGAAUGUAGAAUAUACAGAACACUGUUUUUCAUGUUACAAAAGUUUUGGAUACACAGAAAUGUAUUAUCUACCUUUUCUAUUUUUUUAAAUCUAUGCUGUGUAGUGGUAUGAAUAUUUAAAAUAAAGUGCAAUCCAAUGUUCCUUGAUCAGUGUAUUUGAUUCUCACAUUAAAAAAAAACCCAGAA